UUAUAUGUGAAAGAUAUGCUUAUAAAUUUCGCUUCAAGGGGAAUUUUUACUAGUUUAUCUAUUCUCAGCUUUGUUCGCAAGAUAGUGAAUACCCCAUUCUUCUUCUCCCCCCAGAUGAAUACGUUUUGGGUGUUUGUUGUGGUUAGCGCUCUUGCUGUUGUUUCCUGUGAUGAUGGUGCUAAAGACCCUGAACUAGCAGCUGUUCAGCAGAAGUUACGAAAGUUAGAACUCAUAGAAAAGUUCAUAGCUGCGAUUCCUAUGAAUACCAGAAAAGCGGAACAAAGGGACGAUUGCCUCGGCUACGGUGAAGAAUGCUUCAUGAUUUCCGGACCUAACUGCUGUGGAUUUUCAAAUUGGUGCAAUUACCAUGAUGAAUACAUUCCAGGUGACGCUAACAACCCUCCAAGAUAUGUAAACAGAUGUCGGGCUGGUAGUUUGACUGUAAUGGCUGAAGAACUCUAUAACAACACUAUCGGCAGAAGGUAGUUUUGAUACCAUCAAAUAAGGAUGCUUGGAACGAACGGCAAAUCUUGAAUUACCAAAACAUUUCAUUUUGUUUGCUCUUUUUGUGAUUAAAGCGAUUUAAUUUAGCUAAA